AUGGACGUCGUCGCCGAGGAUGCCGUGGGACCUAGGGAGAUUAAUCUACUGGACCUUGUGAGGGUCGAGUCUAAAGGCGAUGGUCCUGGCUUCCAUGGCUGCGUGGUCCAGGUCCCGGGCGCCGCCCGCUCCUCCUACCCUUCUCUCCCCAUAGGCACGUUCAGGAUUAUGCUGGUGGACGGCACGUUGAAGACCGCGGAGGCAGGCGACAUCACCGUCGUCGACAGGGGCUACUUGUGCGAUGGCGAGUUCGUCGUGUCGGCCGGCCGGGUCGGCAUCGUCACAGGAGUCAACACCUCUCUCGACCUUGUGAAGCUCAGCGACGGAGAGCCAGCUGCAGUGGUCAUGAGUGGAGUGUCGCCGGAUCGUCUGCGACGCGUCAUAGAGUUGAGCCUUGGCGAUUUCGUCGUGUCCGUGUCCGGUUCGUGGCUCGGCCGGGCGUUGGCUCCUCCGGCAGCCUACCAACACCCUAACAACCUAACCUUCUUCUGCUCCGCCGAGUCCGACUGGGGUAUAGGUGAUCGCUGCUUCGUUAGAGACAAGGAGGCAUGUUCGUCUUCGUCUCCAUCUCCAUCCGACGUUGGCAAUGAUCAUCAGAAGAAGCUCGUUUUCCGUAUUGGGGAGAGGCGGACACGGCGGGAACAGAGGAGACGCGCGGCGUUCGAGCAGCCCCUGAGCGUCGCCAACACCAGCACCACCGCCGACGUGCUUUGGCAGGACGGCACGAGGCAGAGUGGGGCGCCGUCCACGUCCCUGACGCACUUCUACAUCACGAGCGUGCACGAGUUCUUCCCCGAGCUCUACGUUGUCGACAAGGCCGUCAUCGACGAAGCUGGUGGACAGACGGGGCGCGUCGGCCUUAUUCGAAGUGUGAAUUUCGAGGACCAGUCGGUGGCCGUGUCGUGGUUCAAGCAGGCGUCGAACCCCGACGAGGGCAGAGAGGACUGCACCGCGAGCGUGUACGAUCUGGCCUUGCGACGAGACCCCCUUGUUUUCUACGGACAAGUCGUCGUUCGAGUGCUGCCAUCGGCGGCCGGAUCGCCGUCACAGGGCAGAAAGAUGGCCGCUACCGAUCUUUCAUGGGUCGGCCGUGUUGUUGACCUUCGUGACGGCCGUGUCCAAGUCAAGUGGGGCGACGGCGGCACGUCAAUGGUGUUGCCCCAUGAGAUCAGCGUCGUAAAUGGGAAGCACUACUCGGUACUACAUGCUGAAAUGGGCAUCGACUGGGAGGAGGAAGAUGGCGGCUUCGACGGGAUUCAAGAUGAGGAAGGUGAGGAUGAUUCGGCGGAUGAAGACGACGAUGACUCGGUGGAUGAAGAUGGCACUGAUUCGGCGGAUGAAAACGAUCACUUGGUGGAUGAAAAUGGCACUGAUUCCCCGGGCAUUGAUUUGAGGGACGAAGACGGCGCUGCAGUGACGAGAACAAGCAGGCUGGGUGCUAUUGUCCAGUAUGUGCUCCGAUUGGCGGGCGUAGUGUUGGCGCAAGCCAUGAGGUAUCGGCCAACAGACAGGUUGUCGUCGUCGUCGUCUUCAAGCUCAACAUUAGCUGCAGCAACGGCCAAUGUGGGAGCGCCAGCGCUCUUAACCGUUGGCCAUGAUGACACAAACAAUGGUGAUGCCAUUCACGCCACGGCUGCUGCUUCCGCGACCAGCGACGACGACGAUGAUGAUUCUGCCGCGAAGGGCAGAAGCAUUGCAGAUGCCACCGGUGAUGAAGAUCAGUUCCGCUUCCCACAUUUCGAUGUCACGCAAAGCCCUCCGGAUCACCAUUACAUUGACAACCUGGACCAGGGAAGCAAUGGCGGAAAGAAGUGGGUCAAGGCAGUGCAUAAGGAAUGGAAAAUACUGGAGAAUAACUUACCAGACACAAUUUACAUCCGCGCCUUCGAGGACCGCAUGGACCUUGUUCGGGCGGUGAUGGUGGGUGCGAGCGGGACGCCUUACCAAGACGGGCUCUUUUUCUUCGACAUGCACCUCCCGCCGUCCUACCCCGCCGUGCCGCCGCUUGUGUACUACCACUCCUUCGGUCUCCAACUCAACCCCAACCUCUACGGCUCCGGCACAGUGUGCCUCAGCCUGCUGAACACCUUCGGUGGUGAGGGCUCCGAGGUGUGGCUGCCGACGACUUCGACCCUCCUUCAGGUUGUCGUCUCCAUCCAGGGCCUUAUCCUUAACGACAAGCCCUUCUUCAACGAGGCCGGCUACGAGGCUCUGGUGGGCAGGCCCGAGGGCCUCCGCAACGCGCUGCCGUACACCGAGAACGCAUACCUGCUCACCCUUCGGAGCAUGCUCCACCUACUUCGCCGACCGCCGCAGGGAUUCGAGGAGUUGGUGCAGGACCACUUCCAUCGCCGGGGAAGGUUCGUGCUCCGAGCAUGUGAGGCGUACCUGAGAGGAUGCAUAGUUGGCACGAUCGAUGGCGAUGCGCGUGCCACGGAGGGAAGCAAGGAGGAGGGGCGCCGCUGCUCGGCCGGCUUAAGGCUGGCGCUCGCGAACGUGGUGCCGAGGCUCCUGACGGCGUUGGCAGAGAUUGGAGCUGAGGGGUGCGACUGCGACCACCUCCACGGGCUGCGGGACAUGCUCGUCGGCCCAGAUGACGGACGGUUGUGUGCUCGCUAG